GCUAACUACUUUUCUAAAUUUUCAAAUGCUCCAGUAAUACGCAAAGUAGUUGGAAGAAAAGUUCUUGAUGGAGUUGGUCAGCCAACACUAGAAGUGGAAAUAUACUGUACAGUUAAAAACUAUGAGAAGAGGAUUUGUUCCAUUGUAAUGUCCUCUCAUUCUCAAAUACCUGAAAAUGCUUUACCUGAAGCAACCGAAGCUGAUGAGAAAGAGAGGAAUGACUCCGUUAACACUGCUGUGGAAUGGGUCAAUGAGUCGCUGAACACAAUGCUAAGAGACUUGCAGCCUACUGACCAGCGUCAAGUCGAUAAGAUGCUUGGCGAAUACUUUACAAAAAAGGUAGAAGAAAAAAAAGAAAUCCAAAAGCAGGAAGAAGAAGCAGCAGAAGCCACUCUUGACCUUACUUCAUGCACUCCAUCAGCAACAGCAUUACCUGGGGGAAGAAAGGCAGCAAAACCAGGAAAGAAGUCAGCAGUUGCAGAGAGGACAAUCCCACCUGCAGACCCCCCUGAGGCAGUGCUUUGCGGCAGCUUAGCCAUUGGGGGAACCUCACUUGCUAUAGCUAAGGCUGGUGCCACCAUCAGCCGUAUCCCACUGUAUUUACAUAUUGCGCUGCUGAAACACGAUCAGAACUCACCUAGAGAAAUGACUCUACCACUCCCAAUGGUUACUCUGUUGAACUGUGAAAAAAUUUCACCUGCAAAGCUGAUAUUAGUGAAAGAAAUUUUGCUUAUACCACCAGUUCAGUUAUCACUCAGACAGGGCAUAGAAAGAGUUCUGGAUAUUCAGAAAGAAAUGAUGAGACUGUUGGAGUCCCCAGGGAAAGCGCCCAGUCCUCAAGUAGCAGACAGUAAGAAAGGCAGAGCACAUAACACAGGGAAGAAAGCUCCGCCACGAGCCUUAAAAAGAAUAUCACACUUAGGAUGCCCAGUAACAGGAUGUGAUAAUCUAGAACAACCGCUACUCCUAGUGCAAACAGCUUGCCACAAUAUAGGUCUGGAGCUAGGAACAGACAUGUAUGUAGCAAUGAAUUGUGCUGCUCAUGAAUUAAUGGAUUAUGUGAAAGGGAAGUAUGAAAUAGCUACUGGGACGUUCAAAAGUCCUGAUGAAAUGGUCGACAUGUACGUGGAACUGAUUAAUAAGUUUCCUUUUAUUACUGCAUUAAUAGAUCCCUUAAGAAAAGAGGACCGACAACAAUGGAAUGACGUAUGUCGUGCUCUUGGCUCCAAAUGUUACCUGAUUGCUGAAGAUGCUGCCACAUGUGUUUCCAAACUUAAAAUUGACCCAAACGUAAACAUACCAACCUGCAGUGGCGUUGUCCUAAAAUACAUUAACCAAACCACGGUAUCAGACCUCACGGAACUCAGUGGACUUCUAAAAUGGCAAAGACGCAUUACCAUAUUAGGAAGUCCAGAUGGAGAAUCUUGUGAUGAUAGCCUUGUGGAUCUGGCUGUCGGACUGGGUGCCAGCUUUCUCAAGUUGGGAGGUCUUUCCCGCGGCGAAAGGGUGACCAAAUACAACCGCCUUCUUGCUAUAGAGGAAGAACUGGCCAAGAAUAGAACGCUACGUGAAGCAAACCUUGAAUUCACUGUUUUUGCUGACGAGUCGCAGCCAGAAAAACAACUUCCUGCUGUACUUCCUCCCUCCAGGCAGGAUCCCUUGCCUCGGCAGCGCUCGGCCAGCCCCGCAGUUCCCAGCCCGCCUGCUCAGCUCCCGCGGGACAGCGCACGGACCUAG